AAGUAUUAUCCAUUGCAAUUUUUUGCAUAUUAAUAUGAUGAAAAAAAUACAUCUUAAAAUAUUAGUCAAAAUUUUUAUAAUUUAACUCUAAAAAUAGAAAUUAUGACAAAUAAUACCGAAGAAGGGGAGUAUUUUAUUAACAUUAUCGUACAAAGUAUCAAGGUGUUGCCUGCCUAAGUUUUGUGUUGUCUUGGGCAAGUAUCACAAAUUUUUUUUUCUUUUCAAGUUUUUGUUGGCGUUUUCUUCUGCUUUGUAAGUAUCUAAUUUCAUGCCAACAUUUUACCUUAUCACGUUUCUAAUUUAUUUGUGUUAACUUUGUUUUUCCCUUUUUUGGUCACUUUUUAAUUUUAACCUUUAAUAUGGUAUUUUAAAAUAAAAAAGAUUAAAAAUCAUUUUGACAUAUUCUACCAAUUUUUAUUAUACUUUUUAGAAACUCGAAAUGAUGCAAUCAAAUAGAAAAAAUCCACUGGUUAAAUAGUUGGCUUCCUAAGUACAUAAUCUUGUUUGUUAUCUUUUAAGAGAUACAUUGGUUUCUUCAUAAACAAGUUGGGAUAUUCCUCCAUAAAUAGCUUCACAUCGUCUCUCUAUGCCAAACACCACCUUACUACUUACAAGCACUUCCUUAAAACAUACAGAAAUGGCUAUCAGAAUAUCAAAUAAGCUAUCACAAGCUGCAGUAUUGAAGCAAAUUCUUAAAAGGUGUUUGAUUUUGGGCAAGAAACAGGGCUAUGAUGAUGUACAUCACCUUCCCAUCGACGUACCAAAAAAACAUUUUGCUGUUUACGUAGGAGAGAAUAGAACUCGAUAUAUCGUACCUAUUUCUUUCUUGAGUCACCCUCUGUUUCAGUGCCUCUUACAAUGCGCUGAGGAAGAAUUUGGCUUCGAUCACAACAUGGGAAUUACCAUACCAUGUGAAGAAGUUGUUUUCCUAGCACUAACUUCGAUGCUUCGGUAGGAUAUUAAAUAUCCAAAUUCUAACCAACAAAUCAGGCAAUAUUUCAAAUAAUAAUUGUGGUAUCUGUAUUCAUUGAAGUAUUUUCUUUAAUUUGUGAGUAAAAAAGCACCAGACUUUGUGGUGCUAAGACUCACAUCUAACUAAUCAACUAUACAAGAUGGAAUGCAUACAAAAUUGUGAGACCUAUAAAAAGAUAAAAA